AUGGCUGAACCAUCGAGUCCAGGCUCAUCGCCACCUGGACCUGGCGAUGGAGACGAUGAUGUCGCUGAACAACAGACGAGUCCAUCGACUAAUGGCAAGGUCGUCGACGAUGAGGCCGCAGAGACGGCUGCGUUGCGCGAUCUUGAUGCCCAAGUCCGUGAUCAAGAUGACCUCGAACGCAGCAUUGGGCGUGAGGCGGACCAAUUACUUUUCGAACAAGCGAAUGAGCGUGAUCACAAACGUCUCGAGAAGACCAAAGCGCAGAAGAAGCAACUAGAGGUGUCCAUCAUUCAGCUGCGGGAGGAUAUUGCUCGACCCAUGGGUGUCACCCAGCGAAACCGUUUGCGGACUCGGAUUGACCAAAUCCAAGGUCAAAUCGCUGACCUCGACAAUGAUCUUGCUGAGAUUCAGGAGCGGAUCGAUGGGCGUCAGAAAGAUGCUGAAGCAACGGUCGAAGAAGACCAUGGCUCCGGUCGUCUGCCGAACGAGACUCUGCGCGACUUUCUAAUUCGCACAGGCAAGAUCACCCCGUUCUCGAAAUUUGGUCUGCAGAGCCAAAGCAAUGAUACAACAACGUUGCAAGGUGCUUUGCUAGAUGCGGAGGAGGAGCCCCCAGAUGUCGAACUACUCUCUGGUGGUGCUUCGAACAAUCUCAUGUCUCACAGAAACCUACGAAAGCCUGGUUUCAAUGAUGCUGUCGACGACUCACAAGAUGACGAAUUUCAGGUCGAUCGCCCAGCCAAAAGGCGAAAAGUCCAGCCUCGCCGACGAAAGGAAGCUCCAGAACCCGGUGAUGACGACGAGUCCUUCGAAGAUGAGGGCAGCUCUGAGCAUGAUUCGUUCAUCGACGACGAUACGGAUGACUCGAUGCCUGUUACACGUGGCGAGCACAAACGGACUCGAAAGACCGCCAGCCGAAAUGUUGACGAUGAAGUUGAAGACCUUCGCGGCGUUGAUGAUGGCAAUGAAGCCGUCUACAAGCGUCGUUUACGAAGAUGGGCGUUACGUCGAAGGCAUGCCCGCCUCCGCUUGCAAGGCGAGGAAGAUGGAGAAGGCGAUGAUGACGAGGUCGUAGACAGGGUCGUUACAGAAGAAUGCUACCAGCCACACCCGCAAAUAGCCGACACGGUCUUUGACGGUGGCUACAAGAUCCCUGGCGAUAUCUACUCGAGUCUUUUCGACUAUCAGAAGACUGGAGUCCACUGGCUUCUGGAAUUGCACGCCCAGCAGGUUGGUGGGAUUGUGGGAGAUGAGAUGGGUCUCGGCAAGACCAUUCAGAUCAUCUCCUUCCUGGCAGGUCUGCACUACAGCAAGAAGCUGGACAAGCCGGUCAUAGUGGUCUGUCCUGCCACGGUGAUGAAGCAGUGGGUGAAUGAGUUUCAUCGCUGGUGGCCUCCAUUCCGUGUUGCGAUACUGCACUCGUCAGGUUCUGGCAUGGCCAAUAUUCGAAACGAGAUCUCUAGGGAGGAUCAAUUGAUGGACCAAGUGUAUGAUCCCAACGCCCGGAAGACCACAUUGACGGCAGCGCAGAAAGCUGCGAAGAAGGUACUGAAGCCUGUGCUGGAGCAAGGUGGUGUUCUGGUCACGACAUACUCUGGUCUGCAGAGCUAUGCGCCGCUGCUCAUCCCGACGGAUUGGUCCUACGCCAUUCUCGAUGAAGGCCACAAGAUCCGCAACCCAAACACUGCCAUCACGAUAUACUCGAAGGAGUUACGAACGCCCAACCGAAUCAUCCUCUCAGGAACGCCGAUGCAGAACAAUCUGAUUGAACUGUGGUCUUUGUUCGACUUCGUCUUUCCCAUGCGCCUGGGGACGCUCGUCAACUUUCGCAACCAGUUCGAGAUUCCCAUCCGACAAGGCGGCUAUGCAAAUGCCACAAAUCUGCAGGUGCAGACUGCUUUCAAAUGUGCUGAGACACUCAAAGAUGCUAUCAGUCCGUAUCUUCUGCAGCGAUUUAAGAUUGAUGUUGCAGCAGAUCUGCCCAAGAAGAGUGAACAAGUUCUCUUCUGCAAGCUGACACCUGGACAACGACAGGACUACCAGCGGUUCCUCGGAUCAGGAGAAAUGGAUGCAAUCAUGAGUGGCAAACGUCAGGUUCUGUACGGUAUCGACAUCUUGCGAAAGAUCUGCAACCAUCCAGACCUUCAAGCGCAUAAGCAACUGUCAGUCAAGCCCGGCUACGACUACGGCAAGCCCGAUAAGUCAGGAAAGAUGAAAGUGGUGGGAUCGCUUCUCGAGCUAUGGCGCAAGACUGGCCACAAGACGUUGCUUUUCGCGCAGCACCGUAUCAUGCUCGACAUCCUUGAACAAUUUGUACGAGCGAUGUCAGGCAUGAAGUAUAGGCGAAUGGACGGCAAUACGCCCAUUCAAGCUCGACAAAGUAUGGUAGACGAGUUCAACACCAACCCAGACCUGCACGUCUUCCUUCUCACCACCAAAGUCGGAGGUCUGGGCGUCAACCUGACUGGCGCUGACCGAGUCAUCAUCUACGACCCAGAUUGGAACCCCUCAACAGAUCUACAAGCCCGCGAACGAGCAUGGCGACUCGGCCAGAAGCGGGAAGUGACCAUCUACCGCUUAAUGACCGCCGGCACCAUCGAAGAAAAGAUAUAUCACCGCCAAAUUUUCAAGCAGUUCCUCACCAACAAAGUCCUCAAAGACCCAAAGCAGCGCCAGACCUUCCACCUGAACGACUUGCACGAUCUCUUCACCCUCGCCUCCGACGAUGCGCCGACCGAGACCAGCCAGCUGUUCAAGAACGCCAAGAUCGACAGCGUCAAAUCAGCGGAUGUCAAAGACUCUACCCGUGGCUCGACGACCCAUCACGCAAAUGGCCAGAUCACAGUCAAAGCCGACGACACCGAGGUCAAUGCCCUACCUGGCAUCGCCGCAGUUGAGCAAUUCGCAGGAGAAGUCGCCGAAGAAGAGGAGAAGGCCCAAGAAACCGAUCCGUCGUCAACGGCAGAAAAGCGCAUGAUGGAAGGCCUCUUUUCGCGCUCCGGCAUUCACUCAGCAAUCGAGCACGAUGUCGUUAUCGGCGGCAACAGUAGCGCCAAGAAGGUUACCGCCGAUGCGGACAUCGUUGAAAGGCAAGCCCGUAAGAUCGCGCGAGAAGCAGCUGAAGAGCUUCGUCGCGCCGGCGAGGAGGCCCGCAACGUCCCCAUCGGCGUCCCGACAUGGACUGGAGAAUUCGGAGUCUCCGGUCGUCCCCAGGACACCACCCCUACCCGCGCCUUUGGCGGCAGUAAUCGUGCCCGAGGCGGCGGGCUCGGCUCCUCUGGUCUACUAGCCAGCCUGCAACAACGCCAGAUGGGAAAUGCAGGUGGAGCCGACCGCACAGCCAGCCCAGCCCGCUCUAUCCGUUCCACUGGAUCCCCAGCCCCUUCGACGUCAGGAACGACAACACCGCCAAGUGCGAAGGAUUUCGCUAAACUGAUUCAGCAGUAUCUGACUAGCCACGGCGGGAGCGUAUACACGCAGAUGCUGAUUGACCACUUCAAUCGGUUUUGUACGACGCAGCAGGCGACGUUGGCGUUCAAGGAGACGUUGAAGCGGAUUGCGGUGUUGGAGAAACGGAGUCAGGGGAGGGGGAGGUGGGUUUUGAGGGAUGAGUAUCGGGCGUAG